UUAACCCUUGGUUUGAGGGGGGGAAGCCAUUCAAAGACAAUCAAGAUGUUUGAGUUUCCAUGCGCAGUGACCAGCGAGGUAAAAGCGCACAGCAUUAUCGCUUACCCCUCCUCCAGCUCCUAUUACUCCGGCCUCCACACUAGCCUACAGGAGGGUUUUUCACAUUUGAUCAGAAGAAUGUUUUCAGUUUAGAAAAACUGGUCAUGCGAUGCGAUUUAUUUCUGCCGGCGGAAAGAAGGAAAAACUAGAUAAGACCUGUUGGCGAUGAUGGAUUACUCGAAGGCGCAAAUGUCAAGCUUAUCCGAGGAGGGCAGCUCAGCUGGGUGUCCACAGUUCAGUCCUGGUGGGGUGAAGCUUGAGGUGGUAAUGGAACAGCUGCAGAGACAACAAGAGGCCAAACUGGAGAUGAACCUGCAAGAAAAGCAUCUUCUUCGAGCCCAGCUCCUGUUUGCUCAACACGCUGCUGUGGCGAGGGCCUCUGGCUCCAGAAUAGACUCUGCGUUAUUUGGCAAAGCAGAUGGACAGACUUACCAAGCAGCUCAACAAGCUUUUAACAGUCAUCUCAGCAAAACAGACCCAGAUGAGGAAGAUGAAGACUCCGAUGAAGAGGAAGAGGAAAUGGUGGAGCCUGAAGAGAACGAUGAGGACGAGGAAGACGAGGAGGAGGAGAACGGGCCUCAUCAGCAGGUGAAGAAGCCUCGACUCCAGCAGAUUGCAGGCUUCCCCUUCCCUGCUUAUUCCACAUCUCAGUCAUCUGCUGUGAAGCAAAUGUCCGAAUCGCCACCUUCAGCAAUAAAACAGGAGCCUGAGGAGAAGGAGCGGCUGUCUCUUGCUGGCCAACAAGCCUUCACAUCACCCAAUGGCUUUGCUGACUGGGGCUAUGAUGAACCAUGUAAACAAAGAGGAAGCGCCAUCUGGGCUGAGGAGAAUGACGGAGGAAAAGUAAAAGGAGAACCGUCCAGGGACUUUGCCAAGCUUUAUGAACUGGAUAAUGACCCACAACGGAAGGAGUUUCUUGACGACCUCUUUGUCUUUAUGCAGAAACGAGGAACUCCUGUGAACCGCAUUCCCAUCAUGGCGAAGCAGGUGCUGGACCUGUACAGGCUUUAUAAGCUUGUGACAGAGAAGGGAGGCCUGGUGGAGGUUAUUAACAAGAAAAUCUGGAGGGAGAUCACCAAAGGUCUCAACCUCCCCACAUCCAUCACCAGCGCAGCCUUCACACUCCGCACCCAGUAUAUGAAGUAUCUGUACCCGUUUGAGUGCGAGAAGAAGGGCUUGAGUUCUCCAGGUGAGCUGCAGACUGCCAUCGACAGUAAUCGCAGAGAAGGUCGACGUCCCAGCUACACCAACAGCCUGUACCGCUACUCUCCCUCCCCGAGCUCUGCUCCACACGCCGUCCUCUCUUCGCCCAUGAUGCAAACCACCCCAACUGGACACAAUGGCCUGAAUACAUCUGCUAGCCCAAAUCUAAAGAGAAACCUCGAUGAGCUGUCCACUCCUGGAAUACCCAGCCGGCUGCCCAUGGCUCUGGCACUGGGGCAGCAGCAGCAACAGCACCUGGCACAAGCUGCCACAUUUGAACAUCUGAGAGAGAGGCUGGAGCGAGCAGCAGCAGCAGUAGGAGGAGCUGCAACUGACGGUCCAGACAAGAAAAUGAUGCAGCUGGCGGAGGAGCAGCAACGCCUCAUGCAGCAGGCCCUCCAACAAAACCUCUUGGCCAUUGCCUCUCACUUCAACCCCAUGAAUCACAAACUUAAUAAUGGACAUGAAAGCAAACAGGAGUUGUCUCGGGGUAUCUCUACUAAUGGAGCAGCCAGUAUCAGUGUAUCUGUGGAGGUCAAUGGCACCAUUUACUCAGGAACGCUGUUUGCCCAGAAGUCAGCUGCUCCUGUGGUGUCACAGACCGUAACUCUGGCAGGAACAAGUGGUUUCAGUGCCCUCUCCUCCUCACACAGUCCCUCCUCUUCAUCUUCCACCUCCUCAAAGGGACCAAAUUAAGGCUGGCAGUUAAAUCUGUUCUGAGCAACACAGUACACAAUAUACCUCUCUUGUCAGACAAGAACUAUAUGAAUUCUAGGUAAAAAUCAAUUGCAAAUUAUGAAGCAAUUCAUUUGUUUUCCUUUACUUUGACAGUGUAAUGUGUUAAUUUUUUUUACAUCAUAAGCUUCCAAACUGACUACAACAUAGAUUCAGAUCACAGUUUACCUUAGUGCCUGUUGGACACUUUUUAAAAUGUAAAGAGCUUUACAUGGUUGGUUCAGAAGUGUCUUUAGAGCAGAACAGUGCACCAUGAGAACCAAUGCUAAAUCUCUUUUCCCUUGUCAUCAGUAGAACAGUGUAGUUGCCAAAAUGCAGCUAAUGAAGACCAAAAAGCCUUAGCUCAGUAUCAUAACCUCUGUCUAUAAUUACCUUACUGACUUUUUUAUUUUAUCCCUCUUGGUAAAAAUAUUUCACUUGAGUGAAAACUCAUCGUUUAUACUUUUCACAGCAGCUUUUAGGGAUUCGGUUUCCCCAGAAACGUGUCCUAAAGAAUCGAACGGAAUUUAAAAGAAAUGUGUCUCAGGUUUGUUGUUUUUUACAUUUUGUAUUGUGUUUUUUAUUUUACUUUAUUUUUAUUUAAGCAUUUGGUUCGGCAUCAAAAUUACAAAACUGUUUUAAUUCAUGUUUGUCGUGAAUCAAAGGCAAAAUGUGAGAGACAAAGUUUGUGCUGGGAGCUAGACAUAAGUGAUAACUGAUUUACCUCAAUUGACUCAGGAAUGUCCUCUGGACUCAUCACUCAUAUACUCAUAAUGAAUUGCUGUGUUGUAUUUGUAUAAACGCAGAGAAUGUAUCAUUAAUGACCUCAAGCUUUUGACAAGUGAACACUGAAACAGUGCUACCUCACUCUUCUAGAGAAAUAUGCAAUACUUAAUGCAGCAUGUGUUGAUUUAGGCAUCUGCUGAAAUAUACUGUAUGUGGACAAUCAAGUAGACAUGUAAUUGCAAACAAAUGUCACUGUGAACUUGACAACUGUAAAAAAAACCAAAACCCUGCUUUGGUCUCUGAUUAACGUAUUUCUUGGAUAUGUGGCCAUAAGGAAUAACAUUAUCUUGUGUGCUGUAGAAAGACUGGUAUAUUUCUGAACCUUUUAGUGCUCUUGUCUUAAAUAAAUAAAAUAUGAUAAAUCAAAAGAC